UGCCGUUCACGCAGGCGUGUGCGGAGGCCGCCGGAAGAGUGCACCGAAUUGACGCGUCCACGCGUCUCGACUGCCAGAGAAGCGGUCACAGGACCUGCCCGUCCAUGGAGAGCUCCGCGAGUGACGGGGUCUUACGCAAAACCAGGUCACAUGACAGACAGACGCAGCGAGACGAGGCGCAGACAGGCGGGACGGCGCUGUCGGCGUUGCCUUGUCGAGACGGGACGGGAGACAUGAACGGGACAGAUGACAAAGGGAAUAUGAUGGACGGGGUCGACGAGCUCGUGUUCUUCGUCAAUGGGAAGAAGGUUGUGGAGAAGAAUGCUGAUCCUGAAAUGACUCUGUUGACAUAUCUCAGGAGGAAACUGGGGCUGACGGGUACCAAGCUGGGUUGUGCGGAGGGGGGUUGUGGGGCCUGCACAGUCAUGCUGUCCAGGUAUCAACCACGCACACAACAACUGCAUCAUUAUGCGAUGAAUGCAUGUCUGGCUCCUCUCUGUUCUCUCCACCUCGCUGCUGUUACUACUGUGGAGGGAAUCGGCAGCUUGGCCAGCAAAAUCCACCCUGUACAGGAGCGUAUAGCAAAGGCUCAUGGGUCUCAGUGCGGGUUCUGUACUCCGGGAAUAGUCAUGUCCAUGUACGCCCUGCUUCGGAACAACCCCGCCCCCAAGAUGGCCGACAUAGAGGAAGCCUUUCAAGGGAAUCUGUGUCGCUGCACGGGCUACCGACCAAUUCUGGAAGGAUACAAGACCUUCGCUAAAGAGGGCGGAUGCUGCGGCGGCAGGGGGCGGGAGAAAGGCUGUUGUCUGACCAAUGGGAACAUGGAUGAUGAGAAUCUGACCAAUGGCAACACGGCUGACGAUGAGAAUCUGACCAAUGGGAACAUGGCUGAUGAGACUCUGACCAAUGGGAAAGGGGAUGAUGAGAGGACGCCGGAGCAACGUGACAAAAAUGCUCCUCUCUUCAACCCGGCAGACUUCAUGCCCUUUGACCCAACGCAAGAGGUCAUCUUCCCCCCAGAGUUAAUAUCCCUCAUUAAGGGCGAGAAGUGCAGGACUUUAUGGUUUCGUGGGGAGAGGGCUCUGUGGAUCCAGCCGGCCACACUGAAGGACUUAGUGCUUCUGAAGUCACAAUACCCCGAUGCCAAACUGGUGGUAGGGAACACAGAAAUAGGUAUUGAGGUGAAGUUUAAAAAUAUGCUCUACCCCAUCAUCUUGGCACCAACCUUCAUUCUUGAACUUCACAAAGUGCAGUACACUGAGGAAGGCAUUGUGAUGGGUGCGUCAUGCUCUUUGACUGUAUUGGGGAGGGUGCUGAGAGAGGCCAUUUCCAGACUGCCCCCACAUCAGACCGAGAUCCUGCGGGCGCUGGCCGAGCAGCUGCAGUGGUUUGCUGGUCUGCAGAUCCGCAACGUAGCAGCAAUUGCUGGUAAUAUUAUGACUGCCAGUCCUAUAUCUGACCUCAACCCCAUCUUCAUGGCAGCGGGCUGCAAACUCACACUCAUGGACAAAGAUGGCAGUCGUGUGGUGCAGAUGGAUGACAAGUUUUUCCCAGGUUACAGGAAGACGGUUGUGAGACCGGAGGAGAUUCUGCUGUCUGUAGAGAUUCCCUUCAGUAAGAAGGGUCAGUAUUUCUCAGCCUAUAAGCAGUCGCCUCGGCGAGAGGAUGACAUCAGCAUCGUAACCGCAGCGCUGAGUGUCACUUUCGUCACCGGGACAACCGUCGUCGAGGACCUGCAGCUUGGCUACGGGGGCAUGGCCCCCACGACUGUACUGGCUAAGAAGACAGCCAGUGGACUGCUGGGGAGGCAGUGGGGGGAGGAGCUUUUGCAAGACGCUUGCUCCUCAUUGGCCGAGGAGAUGACCCUCCACCCCUCCGCCCCAGGUGGCAUGGUGACCUACAGGCGAACUUUGACCCUGAGUCUAUUUUAUAAAUUCUACCUGACCGUCCUGCAGAAACUAGCCAAGGAUGGUGUGCAUGUGGAGGAGUUGAGGUCUGACUGCCUCAGCGCCACAGAGAUUUAUCAGCCACAGACGCCGUCCGGCGUCCAGGUGUUUCAGGCUGUACCCGAAGGACAGGACGAGGGGGACGUGGUGGGACGUCCCAUGAUGCACCUCUCUGCUCUGAAGCAGGUGACGGGGGAGGCAGUCUACUGCGACGACAUUCCCCUGUAUGAGAAUGAGCUGUACCUGUGUCUGGUGACCAGCACCAAGGCCCACGCCCGCAUCCUUUCAAUAGACACAUCAGAGGCAGAGAAGAUUCCAGGCGUGGCGUCAAUUGUGUUUGCCAAAGACGUCCCAGGAAGCAACAUGACCGGACCUGCUGUCUUUGAUGAGACUGUCUUUGCUGAGGAGACGGUGACAUGUGUGGGUCACAUCAUAGGGGCAGUGGUAGCAGAUACUCAGACUCACGCUCAGAGAGCAGCCAAGGCUGUGAAGAUCACCUACCAAGACCUCCAACCAGUCAUCGUCACCAUCCAGGAUGCCAUAGCCGCCCAGUCAUUCUACGAGCCAAUCAGAACCCUCCAGAAUGGCGAUGUGGAGGCGGGGUUUCAACAAGCUGACCACAUCCUGGAGGGUGAGAUUCAUAUCGGAGGGCAAGAACAUUUCUACUUGGAGACCCACACCACGUUGGCCAUCCCCCGAGGAGAGGACGGAGAGAUGGAGCUGUUUGUGUCCACACAAGCUACCACCAAAACACAAUCUCUGGUAUCCAUGGCUCUGGGCGUCCCGGCCAACAGGGUGGUGGUCCGGGUGAAGAGGAUGGGUGGAGGGUUUGGGGGAAAGGAGAGUCGCAGCGUCAUGCUGUCCACCGUGGUGGCUGUAGCUGCUAACAAGCUGAAAAGGCCUGUCAGGUGUAUGUUGGAUAGAGACGAGGAUAUGUUGAUCACUGGAGGACGACACCCGUUCUAUGGAAAAUACAAGGUCGGUUUUAUGAACAGCGGUAAAGUGGUCGCCCUGGACGUGUCCUAUUACAGCAACACUGGCAACUCCAGGGACCUGUCUCUAUCUAUCAUGGAGCGUGCUCUGUUCCACAUGGAGAACUCGUACAGUAUUCCUAACAUCAGAGGACGUGGUUACAUGUGUCAGACCAACCUCCCGUCCAACACGGCCUUCAGGGGCUUUGGAGGACCGCAGGGCAUGAUGGUCUGUGAGAGCUGGAUGACGGACGUGGCUAUGAGCCUUGGCAAGUCUGCCGACGAGGUCCGGCGGGUCAACCUGUACGCCCAGGGUGAGAAGACCCCCUUCAACCAGCUGCUGGAACCCCUGACCUUGGACCGCUGCUGGGAUGAGUGCCUGUCCAGGUCCUCCUACCAGCAGCGCAGAGCGGCGGUGGAGCACUACAACAGACAGAACCGUUGGACCAAAAGGGGCCUGGCCAUGGUGCCCACCAAGUUUGGUAUCAGCUUCACCGCCGUCUUCCUGAACCAGGCCGGGGCGCUGGUCCAUAUCUACACAGAUGGCUCGGUCCUGCUGACACAUGGUGGCACUGAAAUGGGUCAGGGGCUUCACACCAAAAUGAUCCAGAUAGCCAGCAGGGUGCUCAGCAUUCCCUGCUCCAAGAUCCACAUCUCAGAGACCAGCACCAACACGGUCCCCAACACCAGCCCCACUGCUGCUUCUGCAUCAUCAGACCUGAAUGGAGCCGCUGUGCAGAUAUGCUGUGAGGUCCUGCGGAAGCGUCUGGAACCCUACAAGACCAAAAACCCCAAAGGAUCAUGGGAGGACUGGGUGAAGGCAGCCUACUUUGACCGGGUUAGCCUCUCUGCAAAUGGCUUUUACAAGACUCCAGACCUGGGCUACGACUUUGACACCAACUCGGGUCGAGCUUUUCACUACUUCAGCUAUGGCGUGGCCUGCUCUGAGGUGGAGAUAGACUGUCUCACCGGCAGCCACAAGAAUCUCAACACCACCAUAGUGAUGGACGUUGGCAACAGUCUGAAUCCAGCCAUAGACAUUGGACAGGUGGAAGGUGCUUUCAUGCAGGGUCUGGGUCUCUUCACCCUGGAGGAGUUACGGUACUCUCCCCAGGGCCACCUCCUCACCCGGGGCCCUGGUAUGUACAAGAUCCCCGCCUUCGGAGACAUCCCGAGCCAUCUGACCGUCUCCCUUCUCCGCGACGCUCCCAACGCCAAGGCCAUCUAUGCCUCCAAGGCGGUAGGGGAGCCGCCUCUCUUCCUAGCUGCGUCCAUUUUCUACGCCAUCAAAGACGCCAUCAGCGCGGCGAGGGCGGAGUCUGGCCUCAGCGGACCCUUCCGAUUGGACAGCCCCGCCACGCCCGAGAGAAUCCGCAACGCUUGCCAGGACCGCUUCACAGAACUGUGCCCCUCAGCCCAACCUGGUACCUUCACACCCUGGGCUGUGCAGGUGUAGGACGCUCAACCAGAGAGAGAGAGACUCACUGCAAACUGCCUUGUUUGUUGUAUCAGGUGCUUACAAGACUGUCUGAGAUCAAAUUUAUUCAUACAGCUGUUUUCAUAUUCAGAGUUUAUGAAGCAUUUUCACAAACACAGGAAUGCAAACAAUGAAACAGGAAAAGAUAUAUCCGACUCCUAAAACUUCUGAAAUGAUAGAAAGCAAUUGAUUCAAAUGUUGAAGUGCAAAAGUUUAACAUCUAUAACACACUGAAAACCUAGAUUUGAAUAAAAUCCACUAUUGGGGUCCACCACUACAAUAGUGUGAGUUUAAAUUCCACUCAACAAAAGUUUUUUUGUUUAAUUUAUGAGACGUUCAGACCUUCCUGAGUGUCCUGCUAAUUACGCCAAGUGACUGUGGAGUAAAACUCAAUCUUCACUCAGGCUCUGUUCAUGGUUAAAGGAAUUGUAUUUUAUUCAUACGCACAAGCGGGGAAAGAGAAGAGUCACACAGCAGGUCACUUCAAAUUCUCCCUGCUCAGAGUGUCAGCAGAGUAUAUUUAAACGGCUCCACCGCCUCGUCUUCGAGGACAAGCGUCUCUAGCUCCAGCAUAUGCCGUUGGUCUGGUAUGCCAGUCUGGCUCAAGCUGGUUUGUUUCUGACCAGGUAAUCUGUAAUAAAGUUGAUCCUUGCAAGUAAGGUCACAUUUUAUAGCACAGAACAUAAUUUAACCACCAAAAUUAAAUCGCCUUGAUAUACUGGUUAAACAUAACUGACCUGAUACUAUUUAAUCUUAAGAAUAAAACCAAUCUAAGUGAGACUGACCAAAAUGGUUAUGCAUCAUAAUGCACAAUAAUGUAAGUAAUGAACGCGAUGAUCAGCAUGAGUGAAAUUAACCAAUAAAUUAACCAAUAAAUUAAACUAAAAAAUAUACUAAACAUUGGCAAACACGUAGUCCACUAUGACAUUGGUAGAUCUGCCUGUCAUUGUCAUAACUGUGAGAAGAGACUGAAAUGACUUGGCCUAAAUGCAACACGCACAACGAGAAGAGAGCAGGGCCUGGAGAGGAGCCCUGAGGGACUCCACAAGUAAUAUGGACGGGGCCGGAGUAAAAGUCAGCCAUGUUAGUCUAUAGAAUGCCUUUGUGGUCUUUUUAGGCCACUAAAUAUCUUCUUGAUACAACUUUACCACAUUCCAGUGUAUAUAAAAGAAUUAAUAUUUAAUAUAUAGUUGAAUGCAUUGUCAUAUGAAGCAUCAGAAGGAAUCGAAGCUCACCUGUGCCAUUCUAAUGUUAUUAUUAAUUAACCUUAUGGGAUUUUUUGUGAUUUAAGAUAGCUGCUGUUUGAAUCAUUCAUUGUUUUGAUUGUGCUACUGUGACUUGAAUAAAUGUUAACUAU